GCUUCACGGUGCCCCCAGCCCGAGCUGUCCGACCGUGCUCUUCACCUCCUGUCAGUCAGGGUGAACUUGCUCGCCUUGUUUGUGCUCCGGCGGGUCGGUUUUGACUUACCCCUGUGGUAUGUGGAAGCGCCGACUCCAAUAAACUAUUAACUCUUUCCCGUGCUGCCAUCGGGCUAGGUUUUGCCGGGACGGCUCCGCCGCCCUUUUAAGGAAAAGCCGGAACUGGGCUCCCGAGUGCGAUGCGCCCGUGGGGUCACAGCCCCUCCGGAGGCCCCGCCGAACCGGACACUCCUCACGGCCCGGCGCACGGCCGGGACGUCCCGCGGGGGGAGUGGUGCCCGCUCGCCUCAGGGGUUCCUUUGUCACGCCGCCCGCUGCCGUCGCGUCCGCGUUCCUCUCCGCGGAGCCCGCUCCAUCUUCCCGCCGGGCUCGGUGCCCCGCUCCAGCCGCUGGGCUUCGCACCUUGCUUGCUGCCACACCGCACCUCUGCCCGCCACCGCCACCCGCAGCUGCUCCGCGGGCGGGAUGUUUGGGGAGAAUCCGAGCGCCGGCCUUCCACCGGAGCGUGGUUCCCGACGCUUUCCCCGACGAUCGGAUGCCGGCUUGAUCGACUUCCCUUCGCACGGUGCCGGCGGGAUCGCGCCCGGAUUCAGCGCAGGGGAAGGCAAGAGCGUGGUGCAUACAUUCCCGGCCGCAGCCAUGAGCAGGGGUAUCAGUCACCGGUUCCAUGUCACGUUCAGCUGUCCGAAGUUGCUGGGCAGGCUGGAAUCCUAAGCGCACCAACAGGUUGGCAGGCUGAUCGUUCUGCUUCCAUGGAGCUUGGCAGGACACUGGAGCUGCUCUUGCAGGAACACCAGACCUAGAUCUCACGCAACCAUUGAUAGCAGUUCUGAUCAGAAGGUGGUGACGG